AAAAUAAAAACUUUGAUAUGUAUAUUUACAAUAACCUUCAACCUUUUUGUCGUUGCAAAAUUAUUCCUUUUAUUCUUUAAUCUCUUUGUUAAAUACUCAAAAACCCUCAGACAUCAAUUCUGCAAAUUCAUCUGAUUUCUACGGAAAUUUUCCCGAUUCGCUUUGAUAUAUACACUGAAUGCACACUCGGCGACAGAAUUUUCUGUAGAUCCAGAAGAUAUAAGGUAAAAUAUGUUAUCAUAAGGCUUAAUCAAUUGAUAAAGAGCAUUCAUAAAAUUUAUUUUUUUAAUACGAUAAAUAAUUUUACCUUUUCAUAUCCUCCGGUGUAUAUUUUCUGGAUUCUGUUUUGUCGUGGCUGAUUUCUUCUUCCAACAUCUGAGAUAAUAGAGAUAAAUUGAGCACAAUUUUUUGCUUAUUCGAGCUCUUUUUCAUAACUAAACAUGCUCGAGUUGGGUUGUAUGAUUACUAAACGAGCUUUUUUCGAGUCGAGCUCAAGCUACCGCGAGCUUAAGAAUACUGAUGCUCGUUCUUGGUUGCGAAGUUUCAGAUUCCAACACCCAAGAUUGAUGGAAAGUCAUCGUAAUCCAGCUGGAAACCCCACUUUUGUUACCUCGGCUCGUUCUAAUACAAGUAGUGGAGGCAGAGGUAAAAGAAUCGAGACGAAAGAUAACCGCCAAAGAUCAAGAGGGAAUUGCAGCAGCUCUUCUGGAAAUGAUAAAAUUAAUGCACUUGGCAGACUGCUAACGCGCAUAUUGAGACACAAGGCUGCUGAGUUGAAUCUGGAUAUGAGGAAUGAUGGCUAUGUCAAGGUCCAAGAUCUGCUCAAGUUAAAUCUGAAAACUAUGGCGAAUAUUCCGCUGCAAUCGCACACAGUUGAAGAUAUUAGAGAGGCUGUCAGACAAGAUAACAAGCAGCGGUUUAGCCUGUUGGAAGAAAAUGGAGAGCUUUUGCUACGUGCAAACCAAGGUCACAGUAUAGCGAUAGUGGAAACAGAGAGCCUGCUGAAACCUAUACUUUCACCAGAAGAAGUUGCAGUUUGCGUGCAUGGGACCUACAAGCGUAGCUUGGAACCAAUCCUAAGGGAGGGUCUCAAGCGCAUGCAGAGGUUGCACGUGCAUUUCUCCAGUGGCUUGCCGAGGGAUGCACAAGUUGUUAGUGGCAUGAGGCGAGACGUAGACAUGUUAAUCUUUCUUGAUGUGAGAAAGGCUCUUGAAGAGGGAAUGAAACUUUACGUAUCCGACAACGGGGUGAUUUUAACCGAGGGCUUUGAUGGAGUCGUGCCCGUAAAGUACUUCCAGAAGAUAGAAUCAUGGCCUCAGAGACGGCCCGUACCUUUUUAGAUAGCAACGGGUCUCCCGAUUGAAAUUUUGUCGUUCAAAGUAAAUCGGAGAUGUUUGUGUACAAUGAUCUCAGUUUCUUUUUACGAAAAACAUCACAGAGGUGCGUUGAUUUGCCGUUUUGUGUUUGUUUUGCUUCUUUGGAAGAACUAUUGAUUUUGAAAUCCAAGAAUCCUUACUGAAUGUGAACUCAAA